AUGCGUCUCUCCGCCGCCCUGCUGCUGCUCAGCAGCGCGCUCAGCGUACUGGCGCGGCCCUCGCUGCUCGCCCUCUCGCCGCAGGAGCGCGCCGAGCUCGACUCGCUGCCGCCGAGCGCCCGCGCCGCGCUCGCCAACACGCUGCUCGUGGCGCGCGAGGCCGAGCUGGCCGGAGCGCCGCUGUCGCAGCGCGAGGUGCAGGACGUCGGCGCCGCUCUGCUCGCUCGCGCCAACCCGUCGGGCUCCUACGACCCCGACCGCGUCUCGUGCCCGACGGCCGCCGGCGCCAACCAGCCCGGCGGCGGCGUGGGCUUCGUGCGCAACGCCUCCAGCCAGGCACUGGGCUCCGGCGAAGCAGCAUAUGUGCAGCGCCACCGCGCCCAGAGCCAGAGCGCCUGGCAGAGCUGGCUCUCGGCCAACAACUCGCUCGACAUUGCCGGCGGCGUGCAGAACUACACGAGCGACCUGAACCGCCUGCCUCGCGUGGGCCUCGCGCUGAGUGGAGGAGGCUACCGUGCCAUGAUCGUCGGCGCGGGCAUGCUCUCCGGCUUCGACUUGCGCAACGGCACUGCCGAGGCGCGCGGCACGGGCGGUCUGCUGCAGCUGGCCAGCCAUGUCGCCGGCCUUAGCGGCGGCUCGUGGGCCGUCGGCUCGCUGGCGCUCAGCGACUGGAACACGGCACAGACGCUCAAGGAUCAGGUGUGGGACCUCGAGCGGGACCUUGUUGUGCCCGAGGACGGCAAGCUUGCGUACUACACUGACAUCGUCACCGACGUCGCGCGCAAGCGCACCUCGGGCUGGCCCACGGGCAUCACCGACUACUGGGGCCGCGCCCUCUCCUACCAUCUCGUCAACGACAGCUACCCCAAUGAGGGCCAGGGCACGACGUUCUCGGACAUCCGCAACACGUCCACUUUCCAGGCGGCCUCGAUGCCGUUCCCGAUCGCCAUUGCCGACGAGCGCGAGCCCGGCCAGCUGCUCAUCUACCGCAACGGCUCCAUCUUCGAGUUCACGCCGUACGAAUUUGGCAGCUGGGAUCCCGAGAUCGAGGCGAUGCUGCCGAUUGACAUCCUCGGCACCAACCUCAGCAACGGCACGUCGCAGGAGCGCGGCGGCGACUGCUAUGUUGGAUACGAGAACUUCGGCUGGGUCGUCGGCACGUCGUCGACGCUCUUCAACGCGCUCUACGCCAUGCUCAUCACGAGCGACAGCGGCGAGAGCAUCAUCACCGACGUCAUCACCGCCAUCGCCGGCGCGGUAAGCUCGGACCAGAACGACGUGAGCGUCACGCCGAACCCGUUCCGCAACUACGGCACGCGCGAGAUCGCUAGCCAGACCAACGUUACGCUCGUCGACGGCGGCCUCGACGGACAGAACGUGCCGCUGUGGCCGCUCCUGCAGCCCGCGCGCGACCUCGACGUCAUCUUCGCCUUCGAUGCCUCGGCCGACACGACCAACUGGCCCAACGGCACAUCGCUCCACGAGACGUCGUUGCGCGUGCAGAACUCGCCGCAGUUCUCCGACGUCGCCUUCCCGGUGAUCCCCUCGCCGUCCACGUUCGUCUCGCGCGGCCUCAACACGCGUCCGACGUUCUUUGGCUGCGAUCCCAACACGAACGUCACGAACGCCGGCCGCAGCCAGAACGGCACCGUCGCGCCGCUCAUCGUCUACGUCGCCUCUUACCCGUGGAGCGGCCUGGCCAACACGAGCACGUACAAGCUCAGCUACACCUCGGCCGAGGCGCAGGUGCUGCUCGACAACUCGGUCGAAGUCGCGACGCAGGGCGGCCAGGCCCUUGGCAACGUCUCGUGGGCGACGUGCCUCAAGUGCGCGACGCUGCAGCGCGGCUUCCUGCGCAGCAACACGGCCGUGCCCUCGGCGUGCCAGACGUGCUUCCAGCAGUACUGCUACGACGGCGUGACGAACGACACGAUCAGCACCACGGGUGCCUACUCGCCGGCCGUUGGCACGCCGCAGUUCGUCAGCAGCGCCGGCGAGGAGCGCCAGGCACCGCCCAGCACGGGCGGCGACGGCAGCAACAGCCAGCAGCCCGGCGCCAGCUCGAGCCGCACUGACGCCGCGGCUGGCCUGCACAUGGUGCAGCCGCUCAGCCUCGUGCUCCUGGCACUCGUGGGCGCCGCACUGCUUCUUUAG